AUGGUACGAAUAAUACCAUCUCGCUUGAAGUCAUCCAGCUCCAUCACCAGCUCUGCGUCCAACAACGGCCGAAGCAACAGUCCGCCCAAGAAUAGAGACAAAGACACCAUGAAUUCGACUCGCGAUAAUGGCUUGGCUCUCAGGGUUUCCAUCCUUAAGGGCCGCAACCUCGCUGCCAAAGAUCGAUCUGGCACUUCCGAUCCGUAUCUAGUCUUGAUCAUUGGCGAUGCCAAAGCAAUUACGCAUUCAGUUCCCAAGACCUUGAACCCAGAAUGGAACGUGAUCGAAGACCUGCCCGUCAACUCGGUUCAGAGCUUGCUCCUUGAUGUCAUAUGCUGGGAUAAGGAUCGCUUUGGAAAGGACUAUAUGGGCGAAUUCGACCUCGCCCUCGAGGAUAUAUUCGCCAAUGGCGAGCCGGUUCAAGAGCCAAAGUGGUACCCGCUGCGAAGCAAGAAACCUGGCAAGAAAACUAGCAUUGUCUCCGGCGAGGUACAGCUCCAGUUCACUCUUCACGACACCUCGAACCCCAACGCUACCCCUCAGCAAAUCUUCGACAAGUUCAACGCUCUUGUCAAGACCGUCCCCGAAAGCGCAUCGCGGAAUAUCACGCCGGCCAUGACUCCGAGCCACGGGAAGAGUAGAAGCCCGAAACUGGGCCCGACUUCUACGCUACUUGCACCGACUCCCAACACCGUUCCAGGAGAGGGGCUUGACACUACACUGUCAGAUCUUGACGACGAUGAGGACGACGAGGACGAGGACUACGACAUUGACGUGAGCGAUGAGAUUCUCGAGGAGGAUGCGACAAAGCCUGAGGCUAUCGAGCGGAGAAAGCGCCGCCUACGCAUCAAGAGACUAAAGAGGAAGAGGAAGGAGAACGCCUACGAAUUCAGUGGUGAUUCCGAUGUAUUGGGCAUCAUAUUCCUAGAAAUUUGCAGUAUUACGGACCUGCCGCCGGAAUCCAACCUCACUCGGACAAGCUUCGAUAUGGAUCCUUUCGUAGUUGCCUCGCUAGGCAAGAAGACCUACCGAACUCGACGAGUCCGCCACAACUUAAACCCCGUGUUCAACGAGAAGUUGCUUUUCCAGGUUGUAUCUCACGAGCAGCAGUACUCCUUCGCUUUCACCGUCAUCGACCACGACAAGUAUUCCGGCAACGAUUUCAUCGCCUCGUGCAACCUUCCAGUCAAGGAUCUGAUCGACAAGGCCCCCAAGGCCAAUCCGGAGACAGGCCUCUAUGACUUGCGAGAUCCACCGGAAUACGAGCAACCUAAGCGCCAGCGAUUCAGGAAGCUCGGAUCUAAGAUACCCUCUGAUACCGCUCCUGCGGCCUCUGUCGCGCCAUCGGCUACGUCGAACUCAGCAGCGCCGUCGGCGCAACCUGUUGUAGUCGCGUCGGGUGAUACCCUUGCCGUCCCAGCUCCGCCUGGCGAAGGCCCAGAAUCGCCACCCACCGAACCAGAGACUCAAGACUUCUACGAGUUCUCCUUGCCGUUGAAGAUGAAGAAUCUUGAAAAGUGGGAAGACAAGCACAGCCCAGUUUUGAAUCUGCGUGCGAAAUACAUGCCUUACCCUGCCUUGCGACAACAAUUCUGGAGAGCUAUGAUCAAGCAAUAUGACGCAGAUGAGAGUGGCCAGAUCAGCAAAGUCGAGCUAACUACUAUGCUUGAUACGCUCGGAUCGACCCUCCGCGAGUCUACCAUCGACAGCUUUUUCCAGCGCUUCCCUCACCGGAUCAACGGAGGCGAGGAGCAGGACCUGACGGUAGAUGAGGUCGUCAUCUGUCUCGAGGAGCAGUUGUUGGCCAAGAGCAACAAGCAACCAUCCCUGGGUGACCGCGUGAAGGACCGCGUGAAGGGCAUUGUUGCCCCUCCGAGCGGCGAAAGUGACGGUUCGACGGCGUCUAGCGAAUCGUCUGCCACCACACCACCCGGCACCGUAGGACCGGUAGAACCGGCGGCACGACCACCUAUACUUCACCAGGAUUCAAGCGCGUCAUCAACUAUUGUAGUACCGGAGCUAAUUGCCCCAGGUGAAGAAGGCGACUUCCCCUCCAAGGACGAGCUGGUCGAAGACCGUGGCGAGGAACACGUCGUUGAAAUACGAGAAUGCCCCAUCUGCCACCAGCCGCGUCUCAAUAAGCGGAAGGAUGCAGACAUCAUCACUCACAUUGCCACUUGCGCCAGUCAGGACUGGAGACAGGUGAACAAAUUGAUGAUGGGUGGAUUCGUCACGGCUAGCCAAGCGCAGCGGAAGUGGUACUCCAAAGUUAUUACCAAGAUCUCGUAUGGAGGUUACAAGCUUGGCGCCAACUCGGCCAACAUCCUGGUCCAGGACCGAAUUACUGGUCAGAUCAAUGAGGAGAAGAUGAGCGUUUACGUGAGGCUCGGUAUCCGGUUGCUGUACAAGGGCCUGAAGUCCAAUAGCAUGGAGAAGAAGCAGAUUCGUAAACUCCUCAAGAGCAUGAGUAUCAAGCAAGGGAAGAAAUACGACGAUCCCGCGUCGAAAUCCCAGAUUAUUCCCUUUGUUGAGUUCCACAACCUCGACCUGUCCGAGGUGCUCUUGCCACUCGAAGAGUUUAAGAAUUUCAAUGAAUUCUUCUACCGCGCCCUGAAGCCCGGUGCUCGCCCAUGCUCCGCCCCCAACAACCCGCGCAUCAUCGUAUCGCCCGCCGAUUGUCGCAGCGUAGUCUUUAACAGGGUUGAUCAGGCGACGAAGGUCUGGAUCAAGGGACGAGAGUUCUCGGUCAAGCGGCUCCUCGGCGAGGCGUACGGCCACGAAGCUAAGCGCUACGAGAAUGGUGCUCUAGGUAUCUUUAGGCUAGCCCCACAGGAUUACCACAGAUUCCAUAUCCCUGUCGAUGGCGUCAUGGGUAAGCCGGAGCUCAUCGCAGGAGAGUACUACACCGUCAACCCGAUGGCUAUCCGAUCCGCGUUGGACGUCUACGGCGAGAACGUCCGUGUGCUGGUGCCCAUCGACAGCGUUGAGCAUGGCCGUGUCAUGGUCAUUUGCGUAGGUGCCAUGAUGGUCGGCAGCACCGUGAUCACGCGCAACGAAGGAGACAAUGUCAAGCGAGCGGAGGAGCUUGGCUACUUUAAGUUUGGCGGAUCGACCAUCGUGCUGCUCUUCGAAGAGGGCAAGAUGAGGUUUGAUGACGACAUGGUGGACAAUUCGAACACUGCUUUGGAGACGCUGGUCCGAGCGGGAAUGUCCAUUGGCCACUCGCCCAAUGAAUCCCAGUGGAAGCCGGAUAUGCGCAAGGACGAGAAGGACGUAACGGAAGCGGAGAAGGCUGAGGCCAAGAGGAGGAUUCAGGGUUCGUCCUCUCCCCCAGAAACCCCUGAGGCGAGUGGUGACGAUAAGGCUCCGCGGCUUGGCGCGCCGCAGGAUGGUGUUGGCGAGCUAGGUGAUGGCAAGGGAAACUUGUCGUAA